AUUUGUUCCUKCCAGAAAAGCAAAGAUGAUAUACCCAAGCCAUACUUUUUUAUCACAGAUCUGAUAAGCGAGGAGCCAAGGGUAGGGCUCCGACCACUGAAGCAUUCAAAGUCAGGAAAGCCAUUGACCCAGUCCCUGUGGCUGAACAACAAUGUCCUCAAUGACCUGAAAGACUUCACCCAGGUGGCUUCACAGAUCCUGGAGCACCCAGAGAACCUGGCCUGGAUCGACUUGUCUUUCAAUGACCUGACUUCCAUUGACCCUAUCCUAACAACAUUCUUCAAUCUGAGUGUUCUCUAUCUUCAUGGAAACAGUAUCCAGAGCCUGGGAGAAGUGAAUAAGUUAGCUGUCCUUCCUCGGCUUCGAAGCUUGACACUCCAUGGUAACCCCAUAGAGGAAGAGAAGGGGUACAGGUAAGUAUCCUGUCCCUGAGCUGGGA